AUGACCCAACCCGUCACGUUGAUUUACGCCGCGAACAAGGGGAAGAAACCGAUGCAGCCAAAAGUUCAUGCUUGCCCUAUUCCCUCUUGCUACACUUCUUUCAGCCGUGUUCCGGAUUUGAACCGGCACCUGAAGGGGGUUCAUCAUGGCAUCAAGGAGCACUUCUGCCGCGUCCCAGGAUGCGGUAAGUCCUUCGCACAGAAGACCGGCCUGAAGACCCAUAUGAACACUCACUCGGGGGACAAGCCCUACUGCUGCGGCUACUGCUCUCUUCGCUUCAGCGAUCCUUCCUCCGGCCAACGCCACAUCCGCGAUCUGCACUCCGGCAGAAAGUAUUUCUGCCCCUACUGCACCUCAGAGUCGGCUCGCAAAGGACCCUUCGCCAAGCAUAUGGAGAAGCACGUCGUGCUCCCUUGCGAAAAGGCUAAACGCGACGAAUACCUCGAGAAACUGUGGAUCAAGGUCACCGACUCUUCGCCCGAGAUUCUCAAGGAACUCCCGCAGUACACGGCUCCAGGUAUGGAGGGCAUUAAGAUGCGGUUCAAGAAGCGCACGAGGACCCUGCAUGAGACGAAGAGCAAGCAUGCUCACAUUCGCGUGUCUCGUUCGUCGAGUAGCAUGUCUAGUGAUCUCUACUCCAUCAAGCAGGAGGGAGAGAUCUCCCCUCCAAUGUCAUAUCUUCAAGCCCACAGUGCAACGCCCAGCUACACAGGGUCUCCACUUCUGUCGCAGGCCAGCACCCCCUCUAGCAGCACCCCCUCUUCUGUCACCACACCUUCAGUCACCUCGAACGCGCUCUACGCCAACCAAGGCUACGACUACUACCCGCAAGAUCCCCGCUCCUGCUACCCGACCUCGUCGAUGCAGUCCGAGAGCGUCGAUGUCAAGUUCACUUACGACCAGGGUGGAAGCCCCAUGGAUACCCUCUCGGCUCAGUGCUGGAUCUCUCAAGACGGGUUUGGAAGCUCGUACGGCACAACUUCCAUGGACUUGUCACCCCUCCCGCUCCCAGCCGGGACGUCGAACUUUUCGGCUGUUGAUCUUAGCGCUGCUCAGUCUAUGGUUGCGUUCCAGAGCUUCGGAUCCGCUGGUAGUCUGUCGCACCCCGCCUUUCCCGCCGCCCACACCGCCCACAGCCCUUCACCUCCGGUCGUCCAGGUCGCUGACAAUGUUUCCGCGUACGGGAACUGGCAUCCGCACGGGUACAACAUGUCCUCUCAAGAGACUGUGCUGCGGAUCUCGCGUUCUCAGGGUCGGUACCCCACCGUCUGA